GCAAGCUCUCGUUCGAGCUCUCACUGGACCUUCAUGAUAUAUUUUCGUCAAUUGACUUCCGCGUACAUUCCAAUUGCAUCCUAGAUUCCAUCAUCUGAUUGAAUAUAACAAUCUGGGAACGAAUAGCAGCUCAACGGAUCAUAAAAAGACGAGGCAGGCGGAUGUAGGGAAAGAAUUCCUUUUUGCCUUUACCUUGUUCAACCACUCCCGUGAGGCCGAUGAUGGCUCCCACAUCCCGCCUCGGCGUCAUCACGAGACGCAUUCCGCUCUCACGCCCCCAGUGCCAAUCCCGCCCGAAAGUCAUCACAUCCCCGGCCCAGACCAGGCCCUACACGCAGCACCUCUCCAAGCCCGUCCAGAUCUACCGCUCCACCUCUACAGACCCCUACCUCAACCUCUCCAUCGAACACCACCUCCUGCAGCGCUCCCAUCCGGACUCGACCAUUCUCUUCCUCUACACCAACCGCCCCAGCGUCGUCAUCGGCCGCAACCAGAACCCCUGGGUGGAGGUCAACAUGCGCCGCCUACGCGUAGGGCUCCCCACUUCCUCAUCACCUUACGCCGAAGAAGACUUCUAUGGCCGACCCCAUGCCAACGUCAAAACCAUACCCGUCUCCCUCGUGCGCCGCCGCUCGGGAGGCGGCACCGUCUUCCACGACGCGGGCAACACCAACUGGUCGGUGAUCUGCCCGCCGGCGGUCUUCGACCGGGACCGGCACGCCGAGAUGGUGGUGCGCGCGCUGCGGCGGCUGGGCGUGGCCGAUGUGCGGGUGAACGAACGGCACGACAUCGUCCGGGACCUGGAUGUCCCUUACGUAGGGAGGCGGGCGGUCAAGGUCUCGGGCUCGGCGUAUAAGCUUACCCGGACGCGGUCGCUGCACCACGGCACGUGUCUGCUGCGGUCGAAGAAUCUGGGGCACAUUUCGGAAUUGUUGCACUCGCCUGCCGAAGACCUCAUCAAGGCGCGCGGGGUGGAGAGCGUGCGGAGUCCUAUCGGGAACGUGGGUGUCGGGGGGGAAGAGUUUGCUGACGCUGUUGUUGGGGAGUUCCAGCGCAUGUAUGGAGGAGAGAGCACGGGUGGCGGGGUGGUUGUCGGGGAGGAGGAGGCGUUGGCGAUGGAAGAUGUUGUCAAGGGCCUGAGGGAGCUGACCUCCCCCGAGUGGAUCUAUGGCCAGACGCCGCAGUUUACCUUCUCGACGCAUCCCACGGAAGACGACCCCCGGGAACGCCCAUCCAAGUGGCGUUUGAUGUCACACAAGUUCCGAGCCCACUUCACCGUACGCCACGGGGUCAUCCAAUCUGCCAAGCUCUCUGGACUACGAUACCGAAAUCCCGACGCCGGCGGGAGCCCGGACGAGAUCCUUAGCAAGGCCCUGGUGAACCAGCGGAUUCAUCACAUCAAAGACUGGCGGACAACCCUCCAGCAAGCCAGCUCACGUAUCGUCGACGUCAACGACCUAGGCGAGUGGCUGAACGACGCAUUCGGGUUGCAAACGCCUGGCAUAAAGGGCGAUCUUUCAGUGGCCGACGCGACUGUAGAGAUGCUCGCUCAGACCGAAGUCGGUCGAUAUCUCAGCAAGAAUACUGACUGAGCUACAACCAGCCAGCUGUUGUGACCAGAUGGUUUGAUAUAAAUAACCC